UCGCAUCACAUCCGCGCCUCGUCAUGGCGGCGCAGACCCGGGCUCUGGUCUCGGCCCAGUGGCUGGCGAACGCCGUCAGAAACCACCUCGUCGGGCCCAAACUUCGCGUCCUCGACGCGUCGUGGUACCUGCCGAAGACGAAGCGGGACCCGAGAGCGGAGUUCGCGCGGACGCACGUGCCGGGCGCGACGUUCUUCGACAUCGACGACUGCUGCGACAAGAGCUCCGCGCUCGACCACAUGCUGCCGACCUCCAGCCACUUCUCGCGCUACGUGGGCGCUCUGGGCAUCGGGAACGACACGCACGUCGUGGUGUACGACACCAGCGACUUCGGCUCAUUCGGCGCGCCGCGCGUCUGGUGGAUGUUCCGGCUGUUCGGCCACAGUCGCGUCUCGGUGCUGGACGGCGGCCUGAGGAACUGGCUGGCGGACGGCCACCCGGUGACGCCCGACCACUGCGAGCCGGAGAGCAGCGAGUUCGAGGCGACGGUGAACCAGGCGUGGGUGAAGAGCUACGAGGACGUGUUGGAGAACACCAGGACGCAGCAGGUCCAGGUGGUGGAUGCCCGUUCUGCUGGGAGGUUCAGGGGGACUGAGCCGGAGCCCAGAGACGACACCCUUCCGGGACAUUUCCCCGGUACGAUCAACAUGCCGUUCCCUUCUUUCCUGGAUGCCUCCGGCAAGGAGCUGGAAACCGAAGGCCUGUCCAAGAUGUUCCGAGAGGCGGGCGUGGACCUUGAGAAACCGCUGUGGGCUACCUGUGGGUCCGGCGUCACGGCGUGUCACGUUGUUCUGGCGGCUCACCUGCUCGGGCACCCUGGGGUGUGUGUUUACGACGGCUCCUGGUCUGAAUGGUUUAAAAGGGCAUCGCCGGAGCAUAUCAUCUCAGAGGGAGAGGGAAAGAAGGUGUGAAGGACAGAGGCCAUGUGGAUUGUGACAAGCAGGGGUGUGAUGUUACUUUACGAGGGGAAGCAGUGGUAGGUCACUAUAAAACUAGUUUCAUAGUAUACUUUCAACUUAUACGGAGGAGAUGGUUCAUGCUGUAUAAGGCUGCUUUGCCAUUAAAGCUUGGCAUUAAAGUCUCCUCUACUAAUGCAAAUUAUCUGACCUUUCUCAACCAUAAAGGCAUAUUGUAGAAAGGUUUUUUUAAAUAUUAUAUAACAUGCUGGUUUUGGUUGUCGUUCUUAUAUCUCGUCAUGUGGCGGUAGAGAAAAGGACAUUUCCUCCCAGAGGGUAUCAAGGUCAGGGAUUUUGGGUUAUUGGAAAAUGGGCACUUUCUUGAUGUAUUGAUGGAUUAUUUUGCAAAUGUAUAAAUAAAUGGCGAGGCCGUUGUUUUGUUAUGCUUUA